AUGUACAACUUGUCAACAUACCAGAUGCCGAGAGACCAUCUUCAAAGGGAGAUCAAAAGAGUGCACAGCUGGUCAACAUACUUGCUCUACGGUAUGUUACAGGAUGUGUAUUGCAUACCAGAGGAUUCAACUUGCCAUGAUUCAGGGAAGGUAUAGCCUUACGGAGCUUAGGAUGUGCGUUGUUCAGGACGGCGUAAUCGUCGUGAGCGUGGUCCUGUAACGUAAACACCUGGUGGACAAGAGUGAACAGCGAGCAACGCUGAUCGGCGCAGGAAGCCACACACAAUUUCCGGUCAUUAUUUUACGACAACCCCUUAUUAAGGGGUAAUUCGUGUCGAUAACCUCUCACGGUUGGGAUUCAUGAACCGGGUCUCCUGUCUCCGCACGACCACCAUCUUUCCCUUCUUUCCUUAUUCUCUAGCUGCUCUGAACAAUAUUUGGCAGCAAUGGACUAUGAACAUACAAUGGAUACCCUACCAGACUUUGAUGACGCCUCUUCGGACACUUCCUCGAUCGCGACUACCACUCCUCGGUUCAGCAGACUCCUGAAUUCCGUCCUGGGCUCUCCCUUCGUUACCACCUCUGAUCUGCCGUUUCUCGAUGAUACUUCCACUCUUAAUCACAAUAAUUCCGACGACGACCUUGAAACAAUUGAUGGCACCUUUACCGCUGUACCACGCAACUACACUAUCACACGUCCCUCUUCUCCUUCUCCAAGUUUCCGGACGGACACAUACUCGAUAGUCAACUGGACUGAACAGCCCGACGUAUUCUCAGUUCAGGCAAGGCCAUCUAUCUUCGACUCUACACCAAGAUGUAGCUUCACAUUCCGCCCCUCCCUGACGAAUGGCUCUAUCGCCGGACCAUCGUCAUAUUAUCCUGAUUCCACCCCCGUUACUCCUUGCAACUCGCUACGCUAUUCUAAUUCCAAUUCUUUCAAGGGUAGCCGAAGUUUCAAUUUGCUGCCAAAGCUGUGGGAUGCACUUCGGGAAUCCUCGCCUAGCAAGAAGAGCAAGAGACGCAUGGACCUUACUGCUUCUAUCUGGAACGAGCUUGAGGGCGAUGGCUAUAUCGACUAUGCCAAUCUUCCUCCGCUUGAUGGCGAAGAGUUUGAACUCAUUGAAGAUGAGGCCUGUUUUAUUGACGUCAGGGUUGUUACCGGAGUAGAUAUCAUCUCUCAACUUCCCGAUGAAAUGGCUCUAUAUAUUAUGUCGUUCCUUGAUUUACCAGAUGUACUUUCAUGUCUCGCUGUUUCAAGAACAUGGCGCAGGUUCGCUCAAGAUAACACUAUUUGGCGAGACCUCUUCAAACGACGCAAAUCCGAUGGUUGGGAUAUUGAUUUGCGCCGUUUGAAGCACAAGUCUCCUAAUCACAAAGGAUGGAUACCACUUGAUUGGUAUGAGAUUUACAAGACACGCACAGAACUCGAUCGACGUUGGACUUCUACACCGAGUGCCAUCGCGUGUCCCAACCAAGAAGACAAGGAGAAUAUUGAAAUAUGGGAGCCCAAAGUUAGACGCAUGAGCGGUCACACGGAUAGCGUUUACUGCCUCGAGUUCGACUCCUCCAAGAUUAUCACAGGCUCACGCGAUCGGACAAUCAAGGUGUGGAGUCUGAAGACAGGUAAAUGCUUGGCAACCUUUGCAGGUCACAACGGCAGUGUUCUAUGCCUGAAAUUCGACAAGGAUUGGGAUUUGGAUGACGCCAAUACUUUGCCAGAUGACAUCCCAGAUGAUUUGUAUCCUGAAGGUGCGAAAGGACCUUGGCGGAAGGGGUUCAUGGUGAGCGGAUCUAGUGACUGCUCGGUGUGCGUGUGGGGUCUAGUUGCGUGCCCGGUGGAGGACGAAGAAGGGAAUGUGGAGUUGGCAAUUACGGGGCAGUUGCGAGGCGUGCUCAAGGGGCAUAGCGGUGGUGUGUUAGAUCUCAGAAUCGACUCGAAGUGGAUCAUCAGCUGCUCUAAGGAUUCCUUGGUUCGUGUAUGGGAUCGCAAUACUCUGUCUCUUCAUUGCACAUUACGAGGACACGAGGGUCCUGUGAACGCACUUGGUCUCGAAGGCAACAGAGUUGUUAGCGCGUCGGGUGACGGCAAGAUGAUGCUGUGGGACAUUCCCAGUGGCACUCGUAUCCGUACAUUCGAAGGUCAUGACCGUGGCCUCGCCUGCAUCGAGUUCAAAGACGACCUUAUCGUUUCCGGUUCCAACGACUGCAAGAUCAAGGUCUGGAACGCGACCACAGGAGAAUGCGUACGUACUCUUACCGGGCACGACUCACUAGUGAGGGCAUUGUCAUUUGAUAGUAGGAGUGGGAGGUUGGUUAGUGGAAGUUAUGAUCGGAGUGUGAAGGUGUGGAAUUUGAACACGGGGAAAUUGGUGAGGGAGUUCAAGGGCACUUCCCAUGACCAGAAGAUAGUCGUAUUGGACUUUUCUGAAGGUCUCGAUACCACGAUUUUUGCUUAAGAACAGGGUUUUAUGCCUUUCCAUAAUAACCAUGCAUUCGAUACCCACAUCAUCUUUGGACUUGUACUUGUAGUUCAGUCGUAUAUGUACCCUAGGAAGCAUACUCUAUCUUUGACAGGCAUCAGAAGGUGGCUGAAACGUCUAUG